GGUUUCUAUUAAGAUCACAGUUUGAUCUUUAAGGAAAAAGACAAAAAAAUCCCUCGAUCUGUUAAUGAAACAAAAAAAAAUCAUAUUUUUGCUUGUUUGACUUAGUAUUUUGCAUGUGUAUAGAUAAAUACACCACACUGCAGUUUGUUUAAUCCACAAAAGCAAGAAACUUUGGAAACAACAAUGAAAUUGAACUACCAAAUUAGCGUUUCAAUUGCUGUUUUUCUGUUUCUUUUAGUCAAUCAAUGGCCAAUAAUUGCAUCUUCAGCAGACUCACAGUGCAAAGCAUGGCUUGUCCAAUCAAUCCCCACCGACAUGCCUCACCUCCGUCAGGUCCCCGGCGUUCUUUCCACCGGUGAUGUGCUGCGUUGGUUAGCUGGUAACUCUAGCAAGGAAUUAGAUAUUAUAGCUCAAUACUGGCAAUUGAUUGCACAACCCGAAGAUGAACAUUCCGGAGAUUAUGGAUACUCUAACGAACACAUGAAAAAGUUUGGUGCUUUUGAAGGUUCUGCUGUUUAUAACUCCAUAAUCGAUGCAGCCAAUCGAAAUAUCAGUAUCAGAUUACUGCAACAUUCUGGAGUGUAUCCGGAUUAUACUAAAGAAGCAGAUGAUAUUGCUUCCGGAAGAUCAAAUGUGGAAAGUGUGACAUUGUUACUUGGAAAUUAUUGGGGUUCAGGUAUUGUUCAUGCUAAAGUUUGGAUAUCUGAUAAUAAAGAUGUUUAUAUUGGAUCUGCUAACAAUGAUUGGAAAGCUCUUACUCAGAUUAAGGAGGUUGGUAUUUACCUAGUUGGGUGUAAUAAGAUUGCCAGAAAGGUUGAGACAUAUUUUCAGAACUUAUGGACGCUUGGCCAUCUUAAUGCAUUGGAUUAUACAACCACGGUAUGGGAUCAACAGUGGCAGAUUAAUAGAACAGUUCCGUGCUGGUCUCAUUUUAUUCAUCGCAAAGAAAGAUGCCGGUCUCCUCUUUCCCAUCACUUUGUAGAAACUUCCCAUGUUGCAGGCUAUCCUAUACUAUCAGACCCUCAUAUGUUUAAAGUUCCUAUUGUAACUCCUGGAUAUAAUAAUUCAACUCUCAAGCCUGAGUCGAGUUAUUUAUCUUUUGCUCCUCCCGAGCUAUCGUUUGGCAAGUAUCAGACUGAUGAACAGGCUUGGAUUGAAACUAUAAAAUCUGUUGGAAAUGGAGAAACAGUUAGGAUUAACACUAUGGAUUGGCUCGGCCAGUCCCAGUUUACAAAGCCAAAGGUUUAUUGGUCUUCCCUCUCUUCUGCAAUUUCAGAGGUUAUCUUCUCGAAGAACGCGACGGUGAAGAUAAUGGUAGCAUACUGGGCACACUACAUCAACAACACAGAACAGUAUUUGAAAUCUUUGCUAUACUCCAAUGUACUAUGUUCUUCUUCAAAGUAUAACAGCUGUUCUGGUAAAGUGGAGAUCAAAUACUACGUUGUUCCAGGUUACAAUCAGACAGGACCUGCACUCAGAAAUGGGGCUCAAACAAGAAAUCUUUAUCCAGAUUAUACCAGGGUUAACCAUGCGAAAUAUGCGGUAAGUGAUGUUCGAGCUCACAUUGGAACGAGCAACCUCGUAUGGGACUAUUUUUACACGACAGCCGGUGUCAGUUUCGGAACGUAUUACCCCGGCAUUGUUUCGCAACUUCAAAUGAUAUUUGAUGUUGAUUGGAAUUCGCCAUAUGCGGUUUCGAUUGAAGAACAGGAGGGAAGUCAUUUUUUUUCAAGGUGAUUAGUUCUUUGUGUUUGGUCUCUGUAAUUGAUCUUGUACAGGAAUAAUCCUGCAGCUUGUGAACAUUUGCUGAUGAAAUUAAGCUUUAAAAAACAACAAAAAUUCAAAAUUC